AUGGCUGAUGAGGAAGACGACUAUCUUUCCGACAAAUUUUUGUUGGAAAGCGCUCCUCUCUCUGCACCUAGGACCUAUGCCGAACGUCGAAAAGAGGCGCAACGGGCUGCAGCUCUCAGGAACGAGCAGAACAGAAAGAAAAGCAAACGUCAGCUUGAAGUAGAAUCUCGCGAAGAGGGCCUAAGCAAGAGUCUCUUUGAACGCGCAAGGGACGAUGAAGCAGCUUCGGGACAGCAAAGUAAGGCGUUGGCAAUGAUGAUGAAGAUGGGAUUCAAGCCUGGAGAGUCUCUCGGACAAAAGUACGACGAUACACCGUCGGCUUCCGGGAGCACACCCAAGGAGACAGAUAUUUCUGAGCUGGCGCCGGUCAGUCGUCCAUCUCCUAAAAUCCAGCACAUAACAGAACCACUUCCGCUGAGCGAAUGGGCGGGCAGGAAGGGCAUUGGUUCUGGGAAGCGUCCCCCCUCGCCCAGCGCGUCCGAGAGACUUGCGAAAAUGGCGAAGAUGGCGGAAGCAACGGACCAUGCCACUUUUCGUGAUCGCACCCGGCAGGAAUACGAGGAGAGACGUGCGCAGGGCCGCUUGGCUCCAGCCCAACGCACAUGCGCCAACCUGGACGAGAAGGCUGGCCGGAAGUUUAACGUCCUUUGGUUGAACCCAGACAACGUCGAUUCUUUCCCGGAAGGUCUGAUAGAUGCUCUGGAUGAUCCGUCUCUCAUAGCAGCGUUGCUUCGACAACGCGCCGGCGAUGGUAUCGAGGGCCAGAUGAGGUCAAGGAUGCGCGCCGACGCCUUGCAUCCGCUAAAGACAUCACUGAAUGAUGAUGACCUUCCGGCCACCGACACAGAAAAGCCGGACCUGAGCAGCUUGGCGUACUCGGAGGAGGAGAUAGAGGAGGCUGCGCAGUUUUUACAACUAAAGGCAAGUCAUGAUAAAUUGCAGCUCCUACUCGACUACCUGCGUCAGACGUACGCAUAUUGCUUUUGGUGUGGAACAGAGUAUGACGACCAGGAGGAUAUGAGCCAGAAUUGUCCUGGUCCCGAUGAAGACGCUCACGACUGA